UGGGAGGUGGGCAACGUUUCUGGAGUGCUUUAGUAUUUGAAAACUGCACGUCCCAGACAUUUUACCGGGGUGGAUUUUUUUGCAAUUGUGCCAUUGUUUCCGACUGAAAGACGUGCUUGCAGAUGGAAAACUGGUUGCAACCCUCAGCCUGAAGUUUAGUAACCGAGCGCCAUGAAUCGGGCUAUUUUACACCGAGAAAUGAAGACUCCUGCCCUCCGUCCCUCAUUGUCCGGAGUUUGAGGUUCAGGACACCAGAAAAAGGGGAACGAAUGAAAAAGAAAGUUACGUGCCAGUAGGGAACUCGUCAAGUGAACUGAUACUUUAAUCAAACUUUUAUCGUUUUCUUCGUCUGUAAAACUACUUUUGCAAUUCACUUUGUGAACCGUGUGGUUCUCCUUGCGCAAGUUUCGGUAAUGGGGGCUGUUCGGUUUGGAACAUUGCUUUUCUUCCUUGCGAACAGUCUACUCGGUGCUUGCGCCGGUUCGGGGGAAUAUUGCCACGGCUGGUCGGACAGUAACGGUAGCUGGCAUGCGGGGUUCCAGUGUCCGGAGAGAUACGACGGUCAGGAAGCCACCUUGUGUUGCGGAUCCUGUGGUCUCAGGUAUUGCUGCUCUCUCCUGGACAACCGACUGGACCAGGGCGUUUGCAGCAACGACAACAGUGCGCACCAAGAACCGGGCUCCCAGGGAAAGUCGGUAUCAGUUCCUAUGUACUUGCCGUUCCUCAUCGUUGGUUCCAUUUUUGUAGCCUUCGUCAUAGUUGGUUCAUUCAUUGCAAUUUGCUGCUGCAGAUGCUUAAAGCCUAAGCCAGAAGAGAACCAGCAGGAUGCCCCCACCCAGAGCCGGUUACUGGAGCCCAUUCCUCCAACUGGUAUCAGAACACCUUCCCGCCACUCUACCUCCAGCACCACAACAACGUCAACUAGAAGUUCUAUGGGACGACAGAACAACAUCUGUUCCAUGGGCACAGAUGGUAUCAACCUCUACAUGAACAUGCCUACUAAUUUCCCAGUUGUGGGAUGUCAUCAGGCUCAACAAUUCCUGCCUUCCCAAUCCACAGGAAAUCCUUUUCUACCAGCACAAUACCUCAGCUAUGGCAUUCCACCAGAUCAUACACUGGUAAUGGCUCCCGCAUAUGUGGAUAGACAAGCAUAUGGACAACAACCUAAUAAUCCUUAUUCACAUGGGCCAUUAAAUGCUGACCAGAUAAUAUACCCUGCUGUGACUCUGUAACAUUCAUCAACCAAAGGAACUUGACUUGUCUUCAUGGAACCUUAAACAUCAUAUUUUGUGUUAAUAGAUAUUGAAAAAUUUAGUCAAAGACAAUAAUUUUUAAAAUGUAAUAUUUCUUCAUUAUAACCUUGCUGUAACAUGUGAACUUUUGGUACUGGUCUGCUGUUCCCCUCUCACUGGAGUAAGUGAAUCACUACAGUGUGAUUUGCUCCAAACCUGUCCAUUGAAAUUCAUUGAUUUGACAAGAAAAGUUAGGAAUAUAAAGUAAAAAAUUAAAUGUUAUUGCCAUCAUGAUUGUUACUAAUAUUAGUGAUUAGAAGAAAUUUGCAUCUUUCAGUGAUGCUGUCAAUUCAUUAAACCAGCAGGUAGAAGUUUCCCAUCGAUUGCUUGUGCUAAACAUGCAUGCAUCAUAACAAGUGUGCAAUGAACGCUGCUUCUGAAAUUUGGUAGCAUUGAAAUCAAUGGAGCCAAAUUUUGGAAAUGAAAGCCAGUGCCUGAACCAACUAAGGAUGAACUUUGGACCCACAAUUUUGUGAAUGACCUAGUAUGUUUGAUCAGUGCAAUAUCUCUUGGAAUGCAAAAUCUUAGUUAAUCAACAUCCUUCCUUUUGUUUUAUGGAAGUGACCUCUUCUGUAAAGAUAUUAAAGAGGAGCAUCUGUAGACUUCUCAGACUGAAUGCAAACUGCAAGGUACAAAACUGUACAGAAAGAUUCCAAUUUUAGGUCAUUGAACUGAGUUGGAGUUUAACAAUUGGUAUUUUCAGAGCUCUGACAUACCACUACAGAACUAUAGGUUUGCAUAUAUGCAGAAUAUUUGUAAAUACAUUUGUGUAUAUUGUGUGGAAAAAUAUUUUUCUGGAAGAUAACCCUUAUAUAUUUGCUUCUAAGCACAAAUGCUUUUAAUUGCUCAUCGGGUUCCUUUGUUCUUAAAGUAUUAUACAAUUUUUGUGAAGGACAGUUUUGUUUGUACAUUUUCUCAGGUUGUAAAUAAAAAGUGAACAA